AUGUGUGUAUAUGUGUAUAUAUAUAUGAAUCAAUCGAUUUCUCCGAUCAAUGAUCUUUUGGCAACACUAAGAUUUUAUGCUACGGAUAAUUCACAAUUAACGAUCGGUGAUUUUAGUGGGCUCAGCACACCUACAGCACAUAGAAUAAUACAUAGAGUUAGUGCUGCCAUAGCCUCAUUGAACCACGAGUACAUAAAAUUUCCAAAUACUCAACAGGAAAUUCGGCAAAAUCAAAGGGAGUUUUAUGGUAUUGCAAGAUUCCCUAGAGUUAUAGGGGCAAUGGACUGCACACAUGUCAGAAUUUCUUCAACCGGGGGUGAUCAGGCAGAACUUUUUAGAAACCGAAAAGGCUAUUUUUCUAUUAAUGUCCAGACUAUAUGUAAUGCAAAUUUUGAAAUUAUUGAUAUUGUCGCAAGAUGGCCUGGGUCAGCACAUGACAGUACUAUAUUUAAUAAUUGCUGCCGUAAAGCAAAAUUUGAAGCUGGUGCUUAUGGUGAAGGAAUUUUACUUCUACUUUAUUUAGAUGGUGGAUAUGCUGCUACAUCCUAUUCUAUGCCCCCACUAGAGAAUCCUGGAACAGCAGUAGAGCAACUGUACAACGAGUCGCAGAUCAAGACAACAGACGCUGUUGAAAGGUCUUAUGGGGUUUGGAAACGAAGAUUUCCAGUACUAGCUUUAGGACUACGAGUUAAAUUAGACAAGGCCUUGGUUAUAAUUAUAGCAACGGCAGUACUGCAUAACAUAUUGUGUCAACGAGGAGAAAUAGUUCCACCUGAUGAUCCAGGUUUGAUUCUUCCAGGGAAGCGCUCUACAAAAUGGACAAAUAAGGUGUAA